UGCUGCUAAGCAACGCAUCAUUGUAGUGCUAAAAAUUAGCAGUUCGUAAGAAACUGUUAGCAGUUGCUAACUGUUGAUUAAUAUUAGCACUGCUAAUUUAGCUGCCAAGCAUUUAGCAGCCCAUCUCUGGUCAAAUGUAAACAUGACGAAGAACCCUAUGAAAUUUUCUUGUUCGGGACAAUGACCCAGUUCGAUCUUAAUUAUUCAAUUAUUGAAUGAUUAAUCACUAUUUUGUGUUUAGUUUUCUGAUUACGAGUACAUAGUGUUUAAUUUGUUUCCUUUACUCUAGUUGAGCUAAAAAAAAACUUUAUUUUGCGAAAACCAAAAAAUAAAUCGCUUUAUUUAAGACUAACGUUUACCAUUUUGUUCUUUUGAUUUCUCUCCUAACUCUUCAAGAUGAGUGAAAUAGAUAAACGUCCCGAGUGUAAAAUUUGUUUCAAACGAUUCAGUAGAACGGCUAAUUUAACUAAACAUCUCAGAAUACAUAAUGAUGACAAACCAUUCCAAUGUGAAGUGUGCCAUAAGAGAUUUACUAAUGCUUCAAAUUUAAUCAGGCAUUGCAUGACUCACACAGGUGAGCGAAAUUACCAGUGUUCCAUGUGUUCAAUGAAAUUUACCGACCCUUCUAAUUUACGGAGACAUGUGUUAAUGCACACCAGUCGAAAAGCCUACCAAUGUGAGGUGUGUUUUAAAAACUUUUCUAGUAUAUCUAACUUGCAAACACACAGCCGCAUACAUACGGGGGAUAAACCGUAUGAAUGCGGUGUGUGUACCAGAAGUUUUACUCAAUCUUAUGACUUGAAACUACAUCAAUAUGUCCAUACUGGUGAAAGGCCUUUUAUAUGUGACUAUUGUCCGAAAACCUAUUCACAUCCGUCAAAUUUACGAAAACACCUCUCCAGCCAUUAUCGAGAGAUGACUUUUGGAAAAGCACGUAGAGGUAGGGCAGCUAAAAAUAUCCAACCAACAGAAAGUGAAGAAAUCCUACCCGUGAAUGAUAUUCAUACUAUAUAUGAUCCUAAUGACAUUUCUAAUAGCGAAGAAACUUUAACUGAAGGUAAUAAUGAAGCGACAUUUAAUAUUUCUGGAGAUAUUGAACAUAGUAAAGGUGAUGAAACAACACAAAGUGAUGUUAAUCCUGCAGAAGACACUGAUAAAAAUUAUAAAUGUGAUGUUUGCCACAAAGGUUUUUCAACAUUAUCUAACUUACAAUUUCAUGCUCAAAAGCAUAGGGGUAAUAAACCAUAUGAAUGUAGCAUCUGUAACAGAGGAUUUUCUCAGUUUUACGAUUUGAAACUGCAUCGAUAUGUGCACACGGGUGAGCGUCCGUUCAAAUGCGAUUUAUGUACUAAAUGUUACUCUCAUCCUUCUAAUCUAAGAAAACACCAUAAGACGCACAGUUUGGAUGUCAGUACAGAUGGAAAGAAAAAGAAAAAUACUAACAAUAAGAAGCGUAAUAUAAAAGCCAAAAAUGUCAAUGUUGAUCGAAGGAAAGGGAAAAAAAGAAAGGUAUCAAAAACUAACAACGAGAGUCAAGAUAUUAAUACCAAAAGUGCUGAACUGAAAGAUACUGAUAAAAAUGAUACGGCGGACAUAAAAGCAGACAACAAAAUAAACAAUUCUGAAAGUGAUGAAACUGGAAGUGUUUUAACUGAAACUAAUGAUGAUGAAAAUAGUAAAAUAACUAAUAGUAAUGAGGAUAUUAUAUAUAAUGUAGUUUAUAAUAUUAUAGAGAUUUUAACACAUAAAGAGACUCAUGGUAAUUGAUAGGUUACUUGCUAGUUGAUGCUUUUAUAAUAGUUAAGGUAAAAACUACACUUUAUUAAUGGAAAUAAUAACUUUUUUUGUAUAAAACCAUACUUGAGCUUUUAAAUGGAUUUGUGAAAUUCCCCAAAUAUUUAAAUGCCUUGACUUUAAUUAUCUUACUCAACUUUUUUUCUAUUUCAUAAUGCUAAAGUAUUAGUUAAAAUCUCUGUUCACAUGUAAAGCAGACUUUAAAUGCCAUUUUGCUGAUAUAAUAUCAAUCGCCAGUGCAAGUAAAUUCAACAAUUUAAUUUAUUUAUACUGUUUAUUUUCCAAGAAAAUAAAGCAUUCACCUAAUAAAGUUUAAAAGAAUAAAAAACUGUUAAUUUUACUUGCAUUUUGCGAUUUUGCUUCGACUGCACCAGCAAAAUAGAAAAGUACAGAAACCCCCUAAGGUUGGAAAUUGAAUUAAAAAUAGGUUUUUGAUGUGUGAUAAUUUUAAAUAUGGAUAGAACUGUCAUAUUAAAAGCAAGUCAUAAAAUCCUACUUACUGUCAAAAAUUUCAGAUAUAACAUUUUUGUAAUAUAAGCUUAAAAUUACAAACAUAAUUACAAUUAUCGAAGUAUAUACGUUGAUAAUCAUCAACUCUUAUGUACUAUUUUUUUUUUUUAACAUUUAAACAGCAUUCUAAAAUAUCUGUAUUUUUUUCUCCUUACAGC